CAUUUAAAAUUAAACCAAAAGGGUUCAACAGGAGGUGUAAUUUGUCGUCUCUUCCACCGAAGCUAAAACCCACCACCAGUUUUCAUUUUUUCUUUUCUCUUUUCAUUCUCUUUAUGGUAUCCAAGAACCCGAACCCGGCGGAGGGCUUCUUUCUGGAUCCGAACGGAAUGGCGUUACCCGGACUCGGACCUUUCGCCACUAUCACCGCCACUGCCACAACGGCGUCGACUUCUUCGUCGUCGGAGGAUCUGUCUAAGAAGAUCCGGAAACCCUACACCAUCACCAAGUCCAGAGAGAGCUGGACUGAGCCUGAGCACGACAAAUUUCUCGAAGCCCUCCAACUCUUUGACCGUGAUUGGAAAAAAAUUGAAGCAUUUGUUGGGUCGAAGACUGUUAUACAGAUACGUAGUCAUGCACAGAAAUACUUUCUGAAGGUUCAGAAGAGCGGGACAAGUGAACAUCUACCUCCACCUCGGCCAAAACGGAAGGCUGCUCAUCCAUACCCUCAGAAAGCUUCUAAAAAUGCUCCAGCACUCACACAACUGUCAGGGGCCUUUCAGUCGUCAUCUGCUUUGGUUGAACCUGGGUGUGUCCAAAUGCCAGAUUCCUCAACAGUACAUAGAAGUCCCAUUACUGGUGCUGCUAUUUCUACCUGGACAAAUAAUUCUGCACAGACAGUCAAUGUAUCCAAUGGGACAAAAGUGCCAACUGUGGCAAAUAACUGUUGCAGUAGCACCGAAAGCACUCCAAGAAUUCGACCUCCUGGUGAAACAACUGAUCAGGGGAAUAAUAAUCAUCCACUCAGAGUUCUGCCUGACUUUUCUCAAGUAUAUAGCUUCAUUGGUAGUGUCUUUGAUCCUGGUGCUAGAGAUCAUCUGCAGAAACUUAAGAAGAUGGACCCAAUCGAUGUUGAGACGGUGCUAUUGUUAAUGAGAAACCUGUCAAUCAAUCUUACCAGCCCUGAUUUUGAAGAUCAUAGGAGGUUGCUAUCAUCGUAUGAGACUGACUCUGAGACAACAAAUAAUAGUGGUGCAAAUAAAAUCAUUAAUAAUGAUCGACCUAUGAAUGUCGCAUAGUUUGUAUAGUACAUGAGCUUUCUUCUUAUUUUGUUAGCUGUGGCUGCUUUUGCAAUUUAUACCGAGGGUAACCAGAGAAACUGCUGGGAAGACGUAUGAGGAUCAAAGAGCUUCAAGUAGCAUAUAAAGUGAUAGUUAUCUGUACCUGCAUAAAAUUUUCUAGAGUUGUAAGGCUAUUGACAACUCAGUACAACUCAGUAUGUCAAUAAAUUUUGUAAUUCUCGUAUCAUGUAUAUAUAUCUAUCCCUUUCCUUUGUAAUUUCACAUUUGGAUUUUAUGUAUGUAGUUGUUCGGUUGUUGUA